AUGACUCCGACGUCGAAAUGGACUUCAGUUUGCCUAUGUCAGCAACAAUUUCUAAUAGUGGGGAAGUGUACUUUGUCUUCCCAUAUGGCUACAAGUGGAAUUAUCCGAAUCCUCAAGGAGGAUCUAUUGGGACUUGCUCUUCUUCUACCUUGUAUGGUGGGACAAGCAGAUAUAAGAAAUUUACUCAAUGGCAAGCAGCUGGGAUGCUAUAUACCCAGGUGUCAGGAGACAGUGCUUCUUCUCCUUUUAACACUUGCUUUCUAG